CAAGCCAAGCAAACGGGGCCUCUUCAAAUCGGCAUUGCUCAUUCCUCAACAUGCCUUGGCACAGGCUUUGCAGGAAACUCUCUCACACAACUGAAUUCUGAUCCUUGCAUAAUGGAGCUACAGUAAACAAUGUGGCAUCAGAGGAGUGGCCAAGUCUUUCGCGUGGGGCUCAGUAAACACUGGACUAUUGAAAGACAACUAAUCCAAUCUUUGCAGCUACUUUAAAAGGAAAGUUUGUUCCAUCUGGGAGGCAGACUACAAGCACUGAAACCUCACAGAAAGGUUUUGUUUUUUUGCAAAGCGUACAAUCAUGAGCACUGCAGGGAAAGUCAUCAAAUGUAAAGCUGCCAUAGUCUUCGAAGCGAAGGGACCGCUUAAGGUUGUGGAAAUAGAAGUGGCCCCUCCAAAAGCACAUGAAGUUCGCAUUAAGAUUUUGGCUACAGGAAUCUGCCGCACAGAUGACCAUGUACUGAAUGGUACAAUAAAAGUGAACUAUCCAGUUAUUCCUGGCCAUGAAGCAGUUGGAGCUGUGGAGAGCAUUGGGGAAGGAGUUACCUGUGUGAAACCAGGAGACAAAAUCAUCCCACUCUGUCUCCCACAAUGUGGGAAAUGCAGACCUUGCAAGAACCCUGAAGGAAACUUGUGCGAACAGUCUGACUUUUUCAAAAACACAGGAUUAAUGUAUGAUGGCACCAGCCGAUUCUCUUACAAAGGGAAACCAAUUCACCAUUUUGCUAACACCAGCACCUUUACCGAAUACACCGUGGUGCAUGAGGAUUCGGUGGCCAAAAUUGAUCCUGCAGCCCCGCCUGAGAAAGCCUGUCUGAUAGGCUGUGGAUUUUCCACUGGCUAUGGUGCUGCCACCAAAACUGCAAAGGUGACUCCUGGUUCUUCUUGCGCUGUUUUUGGCCUGGGAGGUGUCGGCCUUGCAGUGGUCAUGGGCUGUAAAGCUGCUGGAGCAUCACGAAUCAUUGGGAUUAACAGAAGCAAGGAAAAGUUUCCCAAAGCUAAAGAAGUGGGAGCCACUGAGUGUGUCAGUCCUCUGGAUUUCAAGAAGCCCAUCCAGGAAGUGCUGCUUGACAUGACUGAUGGGGAAGGUGUGGACUAUUCCUUUGAAGUAGUUGGAAGCACAGAGACCAUGAUUGCUGCGUUGGCUUCCUGCAACAUGAACUAUGGCACCAGUGUGGUUGUGGGAGCUCCACCUUCAGCAUCUGAGAUGACUUUGUCUCCAACGCUUAUUUUUACAGGACGCACCUGGAAAGGCUCUGUUUUAGGAGGACUGAAAAGCAAAGAUGAUGUUCCAGUGCUGGUCUCAGAACUUAUGGCGAAAAAGUUCAAUCUGGAUCCACUAAUUACACAUGUUCUGCCUUUUGAUAAAAUCAAUGAAGGAUUUGAACUGCUCCGCAAUGGAAAAUGUAUCCGCACUGUUCUGAAAAUGUAAAGACCCUGUGGCGAAAAUACAAGACAGCUGAAUUCCAGCAGACCCAUCAAUUGCAAAUUACAUCAUGGAACAUCUGUGGAACAAAGUGUGUAGUGUUGUAUUGCAAGUUGCAAUAUUUGUUAACUCAUAAAUCAAUCUUAUCUUUCUCAGUGUGAAACACAGUCUCCAAGGCAUUGAAAAUAUGAAUUCAGCAAAUUCUGGCAUUAGCUAAUAAAUAAAGCUUUUUUCUCAGUAA